UGAUGGGCGACGAAAGUCUCAGUAGCUCGAAAGGGUGAAGGAAGAGAGCAUAAAAAAUAAUGACACGAAAUAAGACACACACGUGCGUAUGUACGGGAAAUAUUUCAGGAAACCAGUCGGAAGGGAUAACAUGUCCGGCGCUUGUCGAGGCGCACGGUGCGCUCCAACGAUGCCGGGCGAUGUGGGGUCGUCAUGAGGGGUGGCUGUCCUGCGACCGAGCCCUUCCAGUCGGCACGCGAGUUCUUCUGGAGUGUCCGGCUUUCUACGAGCGUCGUAAAGGAUCUUCGAGCAUCGUGUGCCUCCACGACGGCACAUGGAGUCAGACUCCGCUGAAAUGCGUUCCUACCUGUGGCGUGAGAGACUCCACAGCCGCAGCACUGAUCGUAAGGGGAUGGCGCGUGGAGAAGGAGGAGACGCUACCCUGGCAGGCGACCCUGUUUUCGCACGAGGACGGCGAAUGGAGAUUCUUCUGUGGCGGCACGCUCAUAGCGGAACGCGUUGUAUUGACCGCCGGCCAUUGCCUCUGGAAAACCUCCACGGACACGGUGCGCGUCGCUCUCGGGAUUCUCUCGAGCAACCUGACGGAAGCGGGCGAGAACGCGCAGGUGAUCGACGUGGAGAGCAUCAGACUGCAGAGCGCGUAUCAGGACCAUGAGAGUAACUACGGAUCGGACAUUGCGUUGCUGAUCUUGAAGAGAGCCGCGGCCAUCGACUCGAUCGUUUCACCCGUCUGCCUUCCUCAGCAUUUCGAUGUGACAUUGAUGGAAGCUCAAGAAAACGGCGGAUUUGGACUGGUCGCUGGCAUGGGUCUGACGGAGAACGACACGUUUAGCGCGACCAUGAGGAUGACCACGAUGAAAAUCGUCUCCGACGAGGAGUGUCGGCAGAAUCAGAAGAGGGACUUUCGCAAGUACCUAACUUACACGUCCUUCUGCGCCGGCUGGGCUAAUGGCACCGGGGUAUGCAACGGGGACAGUGGCGGCGGACUGGUGAUCCAGCGGCCGAAUUCCAGCGUCUGGGAGGUGCACGGAGUCGUUUCCGUGAGCCCGCGUAGACUGGGCACCAGCGUAUGCGACCCAAAUUUCUACACCGUCUUCACCAAGGUUUCGGUGUACAUCGAUUGGAUCGAUCAGGUUGUGGAGAGCGUACCAAUUAGCGGCCCGCCCAGUCUUGGUCGACACCCGAAUACGGACGAUAUCAUCGUUAGAUGAAGUCUCCGACAGCUAAGCACUUUCCACGAUAACUCGAUAAUUGUCCUCUCUGCGACGAACUUCACUGUUGCAUCGAGCUGUACGCGCACAAAUACACGGACACAAACAUAUCGAUAAGUCGAAUAUCGGCGUCGCCAAUUCCGUUCCUGUUAAUUCCUUCCUCAUCGCCCCUCGUCGUGAAACAAAAGAACCCAUUC